CCCGCCGCGCUACUACUACCGCAACGCGGCUGGGCAAAGUUUAUAAUCGGGAUAAUCCUGUUACAAAUUUUACUAAUUUUAAUGGAUUUUUACAGAUUGACGUCUGUUGGGGUUUUUCUGUUCUUCCUUAUCUAUUUUAUCUUGUGCCUUAUGUACUUUCUAGAACUCAUUUGAAGCUAUAACAAAGACUUACUUUGCUAAAAAAUAGUAAAUCACUAGGCCUAGGCCCUCAUCUUGACUGCAGUGCUAGGCUAGGCCUCAAGGCUAAGCCCAGUGUGGUGGUUUUGGUAAAUAGCGUAACAGGGAAAGUGAUCAUUGUCGGCUUCAGAAUUGUACAAUGGCAACCGGAGGUGAAAUACCAGAUGAGAGCAUUGCUGUUUCUCAAAUAGACGAUCCAGCGGUACAAAAAUGUCUUCAUAUGAUAAAAUCAGCAUCAUCAGACACAGAAAAGUUUGCAGCUCUUUUGUUGAUUACUAAACUUGUACAGGCAGAAUCAACAACCGCUGAGACUCGAAAUCAAAUCUUUCAUGCCGUUGGAUUCUCUUUUCUCAACCGACUGCUAAACACAAAGGAGGCAACAGCAGGCUGUGACGUCACCACCUUCCAUUCAAUAGCCUUGACAAUGCUAGCAUGUUACAGUACAGACGAACAGUUCAUCCUCCACCCCGAGAUGCUCAACAAGAUCCCAUUGUUUAAUAACAUCAUCACAGGAAAUAGUGCCUUAUGUGAGGGAGAUGGUGGACUUGCUAUACUGGAUGAUGUCUACCAGAUCUUUUACUCUCUUGUCAAUUCGCCCACCGGUAGAGAGUACCUAGUGCAAUACAACACUUUCACAGCUUUGUGCACUGCUAUCACGAGAAAUGUCAAAGGUGCGGAGAAAGCUUUUAAAGUAUUAAUUUAUCUGUUUCACCUUGGCGGAAGGCUUGCUUGGUUACGUGAGCAGGACUCAUUUGUACAAUUUUUGGAAAACUUGAGUAAAGAGUUUGCAGAUAGCCAGGAGCUGCUGAAGUUCGAAUUAUGUGAUAAGCUGAGUUUGAUCCUGGAAUACUCAGGAUCGAUUGUAGACUUCCCGUUAUCCUGGAGAAACAAUGUCUUCCGAGGUGUUUCAGAUUUACUCCGGAAUAAAUUAAAUGAAUCACAAAGGGACUCACAAUUAACCUUGAUAGCUGGUAUGGUGCAAACAUGCGGAGUGGAGUGGGCAUUAGGUCCAACCAAAGACGACACUAAGACGCUGCUCCUCAUGGUCCACCUGGUGUGUAUAGAGGUCAGGAUGGUACUGGAAAAUGCCACGGAGGAGAAGAGAAGAGAGAAGGCUGGUGUGUUAUCUGCAUGUUAUAAAGUACUAGAGAAUGUGAUUGAGUUCCUGAUGGUAGGCCCAUCGAUGGGGUUGGACCAGAAGCAGACCCUUCAACUACACGCUGCCAUGACUGGAGCGUUUGGUGCUAUUAUCUUUCACCUGAAGAAUGUGCAAGCGGACCCACAAAAGGUUGAUGAUCCAAUUGUGCAAGCAUCAGUGCGUGUAUUUAGCACAUGGUUGGCCGAGGAAACAUCAGCACUCAAGGAAGGAGUUAAUGAGAUCCUUCCUUUUCUUAUCCAUAUCUCGACAAAAUCAUUUCACGAGGUUGUGACAUGCUCUUCACCGAAUGUCGGUGAAUUAGACAGUCGUACUGACCUCCUGCGCUUGUUGUUGCCUGGCCUGUGUCACCUGAGCGUGGAGCCUAUCCCGCGCAAAAUCCUGGUGGAACAUAACUGUAUGGAGCUCCUCCUGCAAUACUUCAACUACCAGUGGCAGCUUUUAAAACAAGGCAAGCAAGCAGAAGAUUCAGAGAUGGCUAUUGCCACACUGUGCAAUAUUUUCUUGAACAUAACGGUUGAGGAACCGGAGAUCAUCACAAAACGACAGGUGUUUGAUGAGCUAUUCUGUCUUAUAUUGAAUUCAUUACCAACUCUAGGGCUGGAUUAUCUUGUGAUUUCUUUCAACAUGAUCGUCCUGGGCAUGAUGCUGUUGAGACAGUUUGCAAAACACACAGAAUUCUCCUGUUCAGACCAGCUGAAAGUCUUUAUACAUACCAGUGUGCAGUUUAUAGUUGGUGCAUAUGCUGUUGUUGGAAAGGGCGUGUGUGAAGUCAGUGAGCAUUAUCAGCCAUUUUGGCAGGAUAUCAUGGAGCUAUGGUAUUUGGGACUGCAAGUGCUGACUGCAUGUAUCUCAUUGGUGCCCUGGUUAUCAGAUGUUAUUUUUGAAACGGAAAUGAUAAAUCAGGCUGCAAAAAUCCUAUGUAAUUGUAAAAAUGUACAGCCUGAUCUUCGGACACUUUAUGGGGCGAUGCUGUCUGAACUAAGUAAACAUAACGCAUCGGCGUUGGCUAGAAUUAAACAACUCAACGGCAUGGAUAUUGCAAGAAUGCAUAAGCUUGAAGAACUGGGCAUAAUACUUCAGAGAUGAUGUAAAUUUGUUAAGGAAUCAGAAAGACAAUUUUGUUGAAAAUCUACAAAGACCCGAUGGCAAGAAUUGUACAACAGUAGAAAGCAGACCAAACUGAAAGAACAAUAAAUAAAAUCCUGUCAACUGGCUAAUCUCAAGCUUGCUUCCAAUCAAAAUUAAGGCAAAAAAAAAAGCAGAAUACAUUUUACAAAACAGCGCAUUGUGGCUUGAGUUAUGCAAGGUGUUUCCAGUUAGAACACAUUACAUAAAACUGGCUAAAACUGGAUGAAUCUAGUUUGUUCUGGUUUUCUUUUAAUUUUUUAAGGGUUUGCCAAUAAAGUAUAGGUAUAUUUAUACCACCAAUUCUUGACAUGAACUAAUCGGUAAUGUGUAAGCUGGCUAAAACUGGAUGAAUCUAGUUUGUUCCAGUUUUAUUUUAAUGUUUCAUGGGUUUGCAGAUAUAGCUAUAUUCCCACCAUUUCUUGACAUGAGUUAAUCGGUAGUGCGUAUGCUAAAAUCUGGUGCAUUUUUUAUAGGCAUAUAGUAAUAAAACUAGAUUUGAGCAUUAGCAUCUAAUGAUGUUUGUAAAAGAUAGUGUACAAUUUAUUUUUCUAGACUGCAUUCACUUGAAAUUAAUGAUAAACAAUUUGUUGAAUUGCUUCUUUUAUCACUGUGUGAUACCCACCACUGUAAAAAAUGUAAAUUAGCAUACUUAAAAAUGGAAUAAAUUUUAUUGCUGAAAAUAA